CGUGUUCGCAUAUUCGCACGUAGUGAAACGCAGCACAGAAAGCAACAGGGGGUUGAAAGUGAAUUUUGUGACAGGUUUCAGAUUAAGGACUAACAUGCAGUACGAGGUAUCGCAGCUGAUUGUGAAGAUUUUCUUCAUUUUGACGGUCUUUUCUCUGGUAGCGGCCAACGCCAGACCUCCACAUUUUGGUGACACUAAUCAGGCGAUUUCGCAAGAUGCGGGACAAGAAGCGGUGUCCAAUUUGGUUGAUCCCGGCCUUAAACCCUGGCAGAUGGACCUCCUCGUUCAACGAAUGGGAGAACUGAAUCAGCUGAGUAACCAGCUAAAUGGACAGGACUUUAACUUCGAUAGAACUCUGAGGAGCGGCAACGAAAUCAAGCGCCAAAGCCGAUACCGUCUCUGCUACUUCAAUCCUGUCAGUUGCUUCAAAAAGUAGAUCUGGCUCUCUAUAGAAUUUUCGAUCUUUAUUUUAAUUCUCUGUUUGAGCUGUGUAUCUCCACUUGUCUUUUAGUCGACGCGUCUGCCAAAAUGCAUAGACAUACAUUAGUGCGACAUACACAUUUAAAAUGUAACAUUCUUUUUCGGUGUAUGCAGCUGAAAAUUAUAUAUUCAAAAAAUUCAAAUCUUAAAUUUAUUGAUGUUCAAAUACUAGUAGAUAUUUAUCGCUGUGUUUUAAUAUCCAGAAGUAGAAAGCAAAGUUUCAAGAAAGUGAGAGAAAUUUCGCCUGACGAUUUUUGAAUCUUUGCGUUUUACUGUUUGGUCAGAUAAUAUAUCUAUGUUUCAAGAUCGUGACAUUGAU